AAAUAACCCGCGAAACCGAAGACACCAACCCAGGCUACCUAGCACAGCGGCGAUUCUGACUCUGUUCACUUCUUCUCCUCCUCCAGUCCUCCUCUCGGUCACCGAGCUCCAGUUAUUCGGCAGUUGGGCGGCUCGGCCAUUUGAAAUUGAAAUUGAAUCAGUCAGGUUAAAGAGGAUAGCAGAUGGGCUGCUACCACUAUCAGAUGAUCUACGAUAUGGCAAGACCUUGGUCGAAUAUUGUAUCAGAAAUCAGAAGUGCUUCAUAAUCAUAGAUGUUGGGUGGGAGUGCGGGGUAAUCAAAAGCUGUUUGAAUUUCCGUAAAUAGAGACAACAGAUUUCUUACAUGGAUAAAAGAGAGAAUAGUUCAGUAGCUUUAGCUUGAGAGCAUGCAGCAACAUUCACAUUGCCUCUUUCCACAGUGGGAGCAAAGAGGAAAGCAUGGAUACCAGCAGGAUUAAAGCUCUAACUGAAUGAAAAGAAGAAUUUGAAUCACCUGCUGCGAAACAAACACCUACCAAUUUCACGUCCGUUUUCCUCAUAAAGCGCGCUUCCUUCCAUAACAGGUUUGUCUCGUAAAUGGACAGCGACACGGACCAGCAUGGUUUGCGCUUCAGUGAGGAACAAUACCAUAAUUCUGGGGGCUUUUCUAAUGAGGAGGGUGGGUUUUUCAGUGAUGAAUCAAGAGGGGAGACCUUCACAUUUGGCUUGGAUGAGUCCACAAACUGUUUACGUUACAAGGGGAAGAAGUAUGAAGACCUACAAUUUUCAGACAUGAAUGGAAUAUUUUUUCGUUCAGUUGAGGACGUUGAGAGAUUUUAUGCAUACCACUCAAUCGCCAAGGGGUUUUCCGUAAGGAAGAGCAAAUCCGAUAAGGACCGUGGUGGUCAAAUAUUUAGAAGAUCGCUCUGUUGUUCUAAGGAGGGCUGGCGUAAGGUUCAAAACCCAAAGAAGCGUACAAAAGUGGUUGGUAGUGUCUCCUCUCAAGGCAAAAAUAAAGAACAACCUGGAAUUAAGAGGAUGGUGACUAGAUGCGGUUGUCCAGCCCGCCUAACUGUAUUGCGUUGCAAUAAAACUGGUUCUUUCUACGUGUCGCAGUUUGAUACCGACCACAACCAUGCUCUGGUUCAAAAGGAAAUGGUUCAUUUUCUUAGGUCAAACAGGAUGGUUGGAAAACACGCGUCUGCACAAGUUAGCUCAUUGAAAAAGUUUCCGUUCCUACUUGCCGCGCUUACGAAUUGUUAGUUCACCAAGCCGGGGGAUAUGAGUAUGUCGGAUUCAUAAUAAAAGAUUUGUACAACUAACAAGAUUCAGAAAGGAGAGAAAUACUGGUUGAUGGUGACGCUCAAGCUACCAUCAGCUUCAUGAAUCUGAAAGCGUCCCGUGAUCCCCAUUUUUACUGUUAUUUUUGUGUUGAUCAAGAAGGGCUACUUGCAAAUCUGUUUUGGAGAGACUCAAAGUGUCUUGUUGACUACAACAACUUUGGCGACAUUUUGAUAAUGGAUAGUACUUGCAAGACAAAUAUCUAUGGGAAGCCUUUGGUCGUUUUUGUGGGAGUUAAUAAUCACCGGGCGACUGUUCCGUUUGGUUGUGCUUUAUUGGUCGAUGAGACCGAAGAAACUUACAAAUGGGUGUUAUCAACCUUCAUUGACUCUAUGGGCGGAAAUAAACCAAUAUCUGUCAUUACCGACCAGGAUGACGCUAUGCGAAAUGCGGUUGUGGAGCUUAUACCGGAUGCUAGAUAUCGACUUUGUGGGUGGCACAUUUCUAAGAAUGUUAUUGGUAAGAUUCAUCACGUCAAUGUUCAAAGGGACUUCAUGCAUUUGAUAUACUCUGGGCUGUCCGUUACUGAGUGGGAAUCUUAUUGGAACUACGUGGUUGCCAUGGCUGGUCUACAUGACAACCCUUGGGUUAUUGGCAUGUACAACAAGCGAGAGCGAUGGGCUGAGGCUUUCUUCAAGGAAGAUUUCUUUGCUGGUGUUCGUUCCACACAGAGAUGCGAACAAAUGCAUCGUAAUAUGAAGACCGGAUUGGGUAAAUACAUGAGGCUUUAUGAGGUGUUGCCUCGGUUGGAUAAGACAAUGAAUCGAAUAAGGGAAAGGGUGUUGUUUGAUGAUUUUGUUUCUGUCAACGCAAGUCCGGUUAUUGGCGACCACAUGAGUUUAUUGCAAGAGCAACUUGAGAAGAAAUUUACACAUGACAUUUUCCUGUUGUUACAGGAUCAAAUUCGGUUUGAAUCCCGGUUUAUCGUGGACGAUGAAUUUCAUUUUCCUGAUUUGGGAUCGUCAGUGGUCACUCUUACACAAUACGGUAAAACAGCAUAGGAAGUGGAACGUUACAUAUCGCAACAACAAUAGUGUCCCCACGCUCAGUUGCACGUGCAAGUUGUUUGAGGCUGAUGGAAUUCCUUGCUGCCAUAUAUUUACUGUGAUGAAAGUGAAGCAGAUAACGGUGUUUCCUGAGUCUUUGGUGACAAAGAGGUGGACUAAAGAUGCGACGACUAUCAAUGAAGAAA